CACUUAUUGGUUACUAAAUUCAAAUAAUUACAGAAAUAAUAAUUAUUUUCAUAAAAACUAUUUUAAAAAAUUCAAAAUGGCCGACAAAAAUGCACCAUUAACUGUUUUGAUCGGAAGCGGAAGCCAAGACUCGCCAUCCAGCAAUGUGAACAUCUCCGCAAAGUUAGACCCUAUCGUGACACAACACGAGUUCAUUGGUUGGAUGGCGAUGUUCUCGUCUGUGGAUAUCCUUCUAUCCGCUCUCGGCCUCGUCACAAACAUUGUAAACAUGAAAACAUUUCUCGCCAUGGGGGCCGACGACGGCAUGACAGUAUCGUUCCUGUCCCUCUCCUGGGCUGAAUUCCUGUGCUGCCUGGCCGCGUUCGGUCAAAAAAUUUCCAUGGCCCUGUGGGUCACGGAAAUGGCGACGGAAUACAAGGUUUGGUUCUACAUCAACCCUUACGCCUUCAACUCGUUUCUGGGAAACAUUAGGACCUGUCUUUUCGCGAUGCCCGUCUUGAUAACCACCCACCUCGCCUUGGCUAAAUGCCUGUGUGUGGUCAAACCGUUGCGAUUCAAAACCAUGUUCACCGUGACAAGGACCCGCUGGAUCAUGUUUGGCAUCGUUGUGUUCUCUGUCGCCACGUACGUUCCUCUGCUGGCCACCAUGGGGAUCGCCGAGCAGUUCGAUCCAGCGGUAAACGCCACGCGUCGAAUACUGUGGUUUUCGCCGUACCGGAACUUGAUCAAAAACAUUAUCUGGAACGCUCGCGAUUCGACCUUGGCCGUGGCGUCAGAAGUCAUCAUCGUCAUCUGCGUCGUGGUGAUGUCACGGGCGCUCGCUGACGCCGUGGAAUUCCGCGAAUCGCUGAAAAACGGAUCUCAAACUGAUAAGUUUGGUCACACGAUGGAGAAAACACCUGCUCAGGCAUCAAUGAAAUCACAGCCUAAACUCACCGGAAAAGAACUUCAGGUCAUCAAACAAGUGACCUUGAUCUCCCUGGUCUACGUCGUGGCCAACACGCCAAAGAUCGCCAUCUCACUGGCUGGCGCCAUGGUGCCGUACCUAACCCAAGGGGGUAUCUACCAGAACCUGUACGAGGUCAUGAUCAAGGGGAGAGAACACUCCGAACUGUACAUCUCCGUGGCCAAUAUUUUCAUUUAUUAUGGGUACAACUCAAGAUACAGACAAUGCUGUAAGCUGUAUUGAAGUUACAACUCAAAAUACAGACAAUUGCUGUAAACUGUAUUGAAGGAC